CCGAAGUAAACUAGAAUCUGAAAGCAAAGCACAAUGGUUGAAAUUGAAACCCGUCCAAGACUUCUUGUUGAGUAUAUGCUCCUGAGUUUCCUCCUUUGGCAGUUUGGUUUUAGGCAUGGAUCUUCCGAUACAACUAUUGAGUUGGAUCCUAAAGAAGUGGACGUCCUCAAUUCGAUCCUAGAUAAGUUACAGUAUAGCAGGCCAUCACACCUCAAUGGCUCAGCUUGCCAUUAUCCAGACUUGGAUACCAACAAUUUGAAGAUCAAUUGCACAGAGGACUGUGGAAAUGACAGAAACAGAUAUUGCCAUGUCAAAGAGUUUUCUUUUACUGGCGCCGCUUUAACUGGUUUUAUACCUAAAGAAGUGGAGAACCUUACGCAUUUGGAGACGCUUGAUUUAUCCAGCAAUAAGCUUACCGGUUCCAUACCUGAUACCUUGUGGAAUUUGUCAUCCCUCAUAAAAUUAGACCUUUCAAUGAAUCAACUGAACGGAGGCAUAUCAGAGCGCAUAAAAUCCUUGCGCAAUCUUACUUAUCUCUCUCUGGAUCACAACUUCCUCAGCGGACGGAUACCAUCAUCUCUGGGUGCACUGAGUUCUCUGAAAAAAUUGUCUCUGUCUUAUAAUAACUUGUCAGGUCCAAUUCCCAACCAAUUAGGAAACAUCACAGCCCUUCAAACAUUAUUUUUGGAUAAGAAUCGACUCUCUGGUCAUCUUCCACCCUCAUUUAGUAAUUUGAGCAAUCUCGAAGACUUCUGGGCGGGAUCCAAUGAUCUUACUGGGGAAUUCCCGGAUUAUGCCAAUCUUACUCAGAUGAGCGAAUUUUCAAUAUCUGGCAACUAUAUGUCUGGUCGCUUUCCAGCUGACUUCAUCCGAAAAUGCACCCAACUACAUUCACUGUCAAUUUUGGGAAACAAUUUUGAAGGGAGUCUACCUGCAGAACUUUUUAAUUACUCCCGUCUUGAGUUUUUAACGAUCAGUGACAUAGCAAACUCUGGUUUCCAAUUCCCACGAUUUGCAAACCUGAGCAAUAUAUACACUCUGUAAAUAGUUUUUAUUGCAUGUCGCACACAUCUAUUCAUUUUUUAAGAGGUUUAAUACAAAAACAUGUACAAGACAAAGAGUUGAAUUAAUUCAUGCUCUGCAAGAGUCUUUGUGCUGGGACAAACCCCAACAUUUCUUUAAGUUGCAUAAUUUCUUAUGCAGUCAGCAUCACU